AUGCGAGCCGUGGUGCAACGAGUCACAAAGGCUGCUGUGAUUAUCGAUGGACAAUUGGAGUCAUCAAUCGGCCGUGGACUGUGCGUUCUGUUGGCGAUCAGUGCCGAGGAUGCUGUCAGCGACAUAGAGUACAUGGUCCGAAAGCUGCUGGCAAUUCGAGUGUUCCCAAAUGCUGAGACGGGAAGACGCUGGGAUAAAAGUGUUAAAGACAUGGAACUCGAAAUACUUUGCGUGAGCCAGUUUACUUUGUACGGUUUCUUGAAAGGAAACAAGCUUGAUUUUCACCGAUCAAUGGCACCGGCUGACUCACGACAAUUUUAUGAGAGUUUCAUGGAUGAACUCAGGAGGGCAUAUGUGCCGGAACGAAUAAAGGACGGUCGGUUUGGAGCGAUGAUGAAUGUGCAGAUUGAAAACGAUGGUCCAGUCACCGUCAUUUUAGACAGCAAGAACCGAGACUGCGAUUGUAUGUGA